UCGUAGUUGUGCCCUGAUUCCCGUCGUGCUUUUGGUCAUGUGAUAUAAUAUAGCCAAUAGGAAAGGGUCUGUGCCCGACUCACAGCGGACUGAGGUAGAAGUUAGUGCUGGGCUAGUGACGGGAGACCGGAGCGAUGACCCGUGGAAACCAGCGUGAACUUGCAAGAGCAAAGAACCUGAAGAAAACCCAGGACAAGCAGAAAAAGUCUGAUGAUGGAUUGUCAGCUGCAGCGCGAAAGGAAAGAGAUGCGCAGAUUAUGCAGGAGAAGCAGAAAAAGGCGCUGCAGAAAAAAGAUGAACCGAAAUAGCCUCUGUGGAAUGCAAGACGAAGAAAGUGGGAAGAUGAAACGGCGAGACAUCACCCCUGGCUCCAAAUCAAAAAACCUCAUCUAAAUUGUUUGUCCCAAUGCAAAGUGUUUGCUGUGCAUUAUCUGCCUUCCUUUCUCUUAAUUGAAUGAGUAGCAUACUGUCUUCUUUCCUUAUGUACAUAUUAUAAAUAUACUACUUCAUCAAAAUCCUGCACAAUCUCCUGGCCCAUGUUUUUAUUUCAUUACCUGAUCCCCCAGCCUUCUAGCCCAUGACAUUUUUCUGAAUGAUAAUACAACAAAAUCAUCUUCAGGAAAUACCUGUUCAAAGAGAGCAUGGAUCUUCACCGAAGUGGAAAUAAACUGUCAUUUUUGUAUUUUCAGUGGACCAGUCAGAUAUUUAAUAAAGUUACUUUUUUUCCGUGA